AUGGCUGCGCCGAGCCCCACCGCAGAGCUCCCCAGCGAAGCCUCCUGCCCCAUCUGCCUGGAGUAUUUCCGAGACCCCGUCUCCAUCCACUGCGGUCACAACUUCUGCCGGGCGUGCAUCACCCGCUGCUGGGAGUGGUCCACGGCGAAUUUCUCCUGCCCGCAGUGCCGGGAGACGGCACCGGAGAGAAUCUUUCGGCCCAGCCGGGAGCUGGCGCGGGUGCUCGAAAUAGCCAAGCGGUUGAGUUUGCAGGCGGCCAGAGGGGAGACGGUUGAGGAGGAAGGAUGCGAGAGGCACCGGGAGCCUCUGAAGGUCUUCUGCAAAGACGAUGAAGCCUUCAUCUGCGUGAUCUGCCGGGAGUCCCGAGCGCACCGGUCUCACACGAUGCUUCCUGUGCAGGAUGCUGUCCAGGAAUACAAGGGACAAAUCCAGGCUCAUCUGCAAGUCCUGAAGGAAGACAGAGACAAACUCCUGGGGUUUCGAGAGGCUGAAAUGAGGAGAAGCUGGGAGUACCUGGAGAAGACCGAAGCCGAGCGGCAGGGAGUUUUCUCCAAGUUCGAAGGGUUGCGUCUCUUCCUGGAGGACCAUGCCCGUCAUCUGCUGGCUCAGCUGGGGGACCUGGAGAGGGACCUGGAGAAAACGCAGGAAGAAAACAUCACUAGUCUGACGAAGGAGAUCUCUCGUCUGGAUACCUUGAUCCAGGAGAUGGAGGAGAAGUGCCAGCAACCAGCAAGCAAAUUUCUGCGGGACAUCAGAGGCACCUUGAGCAGGUUUGAAAAGGAAAAUUUCCAGCAGCCCCCAUUGCUUCUUCCAGAGCUGGAAAAGAAAAUCAGUCACUUCAGGGAGAAAAAUAUUGCUCUAGAGGAGACUCUGAGGAGCUUCCAAGACAUCCUGAUGUUUGAGCUGCCUGAAAAGAGUAAGUCCACAUCUCCUGGAGUGAAGGUGACCCUGGAUCCAUCCACGGCUCACCCCCAGCUCGUCGUGUCGGCGGACGGGAGGAGCGUGAGGUGGGAAGACGCCCAACACGACCCAUCUGCUGAGGGGUUUGGCACCGAUCCCUGCGUGCUGGGCUGCGAGGGCAUCACCUCGGGGAGAUGCUGCUGGGAGGUGGAGGUGACACCCAAAGGCUCCUGGGCCGUGGGGGUGGCCAAAGAUUCCCUGAAGAGGAGGGAAGCGACCUCCGUGAGCCCCGAGAUGGAGCUCUGGUCCAUGGGUCUCUGUGAGGGUCAGUUUUGGGCUCUCACUUCCCUUGAGCGCAUCCCGCUAUACCAGAUCCAGGUUCCCAGAAGGGUCCGGGUCUCCCUGGACUAUGAAAAGGGUCAGGUGGCAUUUUUUGAUGCCGAUAAGAGGGCCCUGAUCUUCACUUUCCCAGCAGCUUCAUUCAAAGGGGAGAGUAUUCAUCCCUGGUUCCUGGUGUGGAGCGAGGGGUCCCAGAUCACAUUGUGCCCCUGA